AUUUCCCUUUUGCUAUUCUUGAUCAUCUAUGUCCUUUCUUAUGCUAUCGUAACCCAUUUUAGAAAAAGAGAGCCUACCGAAGAUAUUCUUGAUAACGAAGAUGCUGUUGUCAAUCGCAUCGCGCUAUGGCUAUGCACGUUCACAUUAUCGACUGCUAUUGGUGCUGUUCUCUUAUUGCCAGUCACAAUAUUGAGCAACGAAGUACUACUGGCUUUACCAAAUAGUUACUACGUGAAGUGGUUGAAUACUUCGUUAAUUUAUGGAUUAUGGAAAAAAAUUUUUUUUGCAUCCAAUACUUCCUUACUAUUUCUUAUGCCGUUCGCUUACUUUUUCACUGAAUCUGAGGGAUUUAGCGGUUCUAGAAAGGGCUUGAAAGCCAGAGCUUUAGAGGCAUUCAUCAUCCUAAUCUUGCUUACGGGAAUGCUGCUCUCAUUUGUUUGGGUGAUUUUAUCUACAUUUGGUUGGAAUAGUAAAAGUGAAUCACAUUAUAUUCCAGAUAUUUGGGGUUAUCUACCCCACCUGUAUUCUGGGCUGGCUUCGCUAGGUGUGAUGACCCUUUUAGUCUGUACCCCUCUUGGACUAAGUAAAAUGUUUUCCGUCCUUGGUCAGCUAGUAGUCAAGCCGCAGUUUUUUCAAAAUCUAAAUGAGGAAAUUUACAUUGCGAAAUUGAAAGAAGAGACGCUAAGUAGAAAACACUCAACUGCUACGGAUGGCCUACGAACAGAACUAGAAGAAGAAUUCAAACUUGCUCAAAAAUAUCGCAUGGAACUCGAAAGGAAACAAGAAGCAUCACCUCUACAAAGAAACCUAGUUUACCCUUUCUGCCUACUUAUUUUAUUAGUUCUAACAGCAAUAUCAAUGUUAAUGGUAGGUUUACAUUGUCUCGAAUUAGUCCUUCGUACCGAGACGGUAGGAAACAAACCUAAGUACACUAUUGGGGAAGUUUCUUACUCUAAACUUGGAUUCAUUGGCGUCUUUUUACAAAUGCUGAUAAUAUUCUAUAUCAUGGCUGCAUCAUUGGUUGGCUUGUAUAAUAUCUUUCCUUUCAAUCAAAUGAUUCCUCAGAAAAAGGAUUCGUCUAUGCCAAUUAUCAUUGCAAACUGUAUCGUCUUGCUCAUACUAAGCUCUGCUCUGCCGCUACUAUCAAAAAUUUUAGGCAUUACCAAAUUUGAUCUACUUGGAGAAUUUGGUCAAUUCGACUGGUUGAAAAAUGUCACAUUGACUUUCUGUUACAAUCUUCUAUUUGAGGGAGCUACAGCUUUCUGCUUGGUAACCCAAAUUACAGUUUCCGUUCGGAAAGCCUUAUAUUCUCGUUUGCAACUAGCAUCCUUCUAUAAAAAAUUUGAUAAACGUGCCGGCCUGAAAUUGGACUGA